CGUGGGGCGGGGGAGCCAGCAUUCCUGUGUGCAGCCUUGUUGGUCUGUGCGUGGCAUCUGGCUUGCUGCCCUCGUCCCUUUGGCCACGCAGCUCCCUGCUCUCAGCGUUUCUCGGCAGACCCAUAGGACAGUGUGCCUUGGUGGCGCUGAACUGCAGAUUGGCUGGCAGCCCGCUGGCUUGUUGCCCACCUGGUGGGUCCCGCCCCCGGCACGGAUACCCGGAGCUCUCUCGUGGCGCCUGCUUCCCUGAGUCCGGGUCUCCCGCUCCGGUCGUCCCCCAGACACUUUGCUGCGCCCUGGCGCCAUGGCCACCUCAUCUGCGAGGCCUUCGGUCCUGGCCCUGGCCGGGCUGGCACUGCUCAUUCUGCUGUGCCUGGGUCCAGGUGGCAUAAGUGGAAACAAACUCAAACGAAUGCUCCAGAAACGAGAAGAACCUGCCCCGGCCAAGACCAAUGUGGCUGUGUCUGAGCACACAGCAAAGGAAUUCCUGGGUGGCCUGAAGCGUGCCAAGAGGCAGCUGUGGGACCGCACUCGGCCUGAGGUGCAGCAGUGGUACCAGCAGUUCCUGUACAUGGGCUUUGAUGAGGCGAAAUUUGAAGAUGAUGUCAACUAUUGGCUAAACAGAAAUCGAAAUGGACAUGACUACUAUGGUGACUACUAUCACCGUCAUUACGAUGAAGAUGCAGCCAUUGGUCCCCGCAGCCCGGAAAGCUUUAGGCAUGGAGCCAGCGUCAACUAUGACGACUAUUAAUUUAACCUCCCUUGCUGAGGUGCCACAGAGCGUGUGCCUUGCUUCAGUAGGCCUUCUCCACCCACACUGUGUGAACACUAAGGGCUAAAGGAAGGAAUAUAAGUGCCUUUUACAUUUCAUGCAUGCGCUUAACAAUGUGUCAGUUAAAAAUAGAAAUAA